AAAACUAGAGGGCUCGUGAGUCAAAGGUUAAACUACAGGGUUUAGUUUCUCGAACGGUGAUCUAACUCGAGUGAUGGGGCUUGAAUUCAGACGGCGAGAUUACAGAGCCGAAGAGCAGGCACACUUGCUCCGGCGAACACACGCCGACAAUCACCCUCUUUCCUCCCCUUCUCCCUCACCUCUCCAGUUUAAUGGCACUGGAUUGAAGGCGGAUGAAUCGAACUGUAGAAAAGAGGAUUUCUCCGAUCCACUCAGGGCAACGGAUGGGACAACUGAAAUAUCGGCCGAUGAUAUUCAGCACCAAUAUAUUAAUUCUGAGCCGACAGUUCCCCGUGACAGCUCGGCUCAACUGAGAGCAAGGAAGGAAUGGACUCCUUUUAAGAAAAUUUUGAUGCAACGUUUUCCUGUUUCUAAAUCAAGUUCUGUAUCCAUGGGGUCAAAUUUGCUUGUGAAGGGUACAAAAGGGGAAUUGGAUGAUCAGAAAAUGUUUGAAGAAGAAGACGUGAAGGUUAUCAGCCAGCAGGAGUGUCUCUCAAAGUUGCAAGAACUCAAAGUUGAAAUCAAUCGGUCGUGGUCUGCUGAUGAUCGUGUAACAUCUUUAAGGUUGUCAAUCAAGGUUGCAAGGCUUCUAACAGAAACAUCUGUAAUCCAAUUUUAUCCAACCCUUUUUAUUCUAGCCACUGAUAUAAUGGACUUGCUUGGUGAUCUGGUGUGGAACCGCAUCAAGCGAAAAGCCGAGUUCACUGAAGAAGGGGGAUAUAUAUGCUCUUUACCCGAUAACUUCAAAGAGAGUGAUAUAUGCUUUGAUGCCAAAGAAACCUGCAAUAACUGGUUCAGCAAAAUUGGCUCUGUUCGUGAGCUACUCCCUCGCAUCUAUUUGGAGCUUGCAAUAUUGCCUUGCUGGCGGUUCCUUGACAAUCAUCAUGAAGAUGUGCUUCAACGUUUGGUUAUGAUGACGAGGGGCAUUGCUGAUCCACUAGCAUCGGCAUAUUGCCGCUUGUACUUGGUUCAAUGUGCUCAAAGGUUGCCAGAACAUGAUACAGGUUUUCUGAUCACUUGCAUUAAUGAUAUAAAACUGCUGUUGUUGCGCCUCACACCAGCGAGAGAGGCCGUGGAUAGGGACCUUUCUGGAACCAGUGAAGUACUUCUUACCCUGAUUGAACCCACUAUCGAAUAUAUCAUGAGAUGCUUAUUCAAGGAUCUAAGAGAGAUGGAAAUUAAUGAUAUGCUUUUGGCACUUGGCAUGGGGAUUAACCCAUCAAUCUUGUCCGAAAAUUGCUCGUGCGUCUCGAUUAUCCUUCAUUAUGUACUGAAAGAACUCCCAAUUGGAUUCAUUUGUUGCAACGCACUGGAAAUACUUCAUCUGGUCGAGUGUGCUAAAGAUAGCUCUUUCCUUCAGUUGCUUGGACAUAGGCUAUGUGAAAGGGUACCUGAAGUGAGCAAGGUCCUUUUGGUAGUGGAUAAAAUUUUUCAGGUUCUCUCUUGUUAUGACAACCUUGAUGCAUACUUGAUGGUUGCAGAUGCAUAUUUGGAUAUUAUCCUGGAGUCUCACUUGGGUACUUCCUUAAAUGUUAUACUGGAUGGAAUAUUUGAACGUGUACGGGACGAGAAGAUUGGUGAAAAUGAAUUGGUGAUCCUGCAGUCAAUUUUUUCGAAAAUUGUUGAUCAUUUUGCCAACAUAGAACACAUAUUAGCACUGAACCAUUUUGUUGACAUCUUGGAUAUGAUGCGCGGGAGCUCAAGAAACGUUAUCAGUACACAGAUUCUCAGUAUGGCAGCAAGGAACAGUCAAAUUCGAGAUCCAACUGUCAUUGAAGUUCUACUUGAAAUUGCUCAGGCCUUAUAUGAUGGCUUAGACUUCUCAAAUAUGAGAAAAGAUGAUUAUCAACACCCUUCUCAUGUGAUAGCCCGCUUUGUAUAUAUGGUUGACCAUGGUACACAGCUUGAAAGUCAUUUAAGGUUCCUUGCUCAAUGCCGUGGAGCUUUUUCUAGCAUUAGUGAACUCCAGGAAAUUCUUGUUCAUUCCAGCAACAACUUAGCCAUUAGAGCAAUGAGAGAUGGGAAUAGUUGUAACUUUAUCAAAUCGUGUCUGGCAUUCAAUGAAGUUACUAUACCUGCUAUCCCUUCUAACUUGAGACAGUUGAACUUGUAUCUUGAAACUGCCGAGGUUGCACUACUGGGUGGCUUUAUUUCUCACACAGAUGGACUUAUAGAUGCAGCAGUAAAUUGUUUGCCAAAUGUAGACCCAGUCAACGGCACGCGGUCAACGGAAGAUCUCAGUUUGCUCGUUUCAUUAUUAUGCAAGUUAUGCUGCAUGUUGGUGAUGGUUCCAGGUAGCCUUGAACAUGGAGUGACCAGAAUUCCCAAGCAUAUAUUGUCUCUCAUAGAUUCCCAGUCAUGGAUAUUGCCCAGAAUGAAGAUCAGGGUAUUAUCUUCGGUUGUUUACUUGUCAGCAGCAUUAUCUCAGAAUCAACUCCCGUACCAUGCUGUCAGCGGACAGGUAAUUAGUAAUUACCAAUUAUAUUUUGAUGUUCCGUCAUAUCAUCAAGAACUCCUGUCGUUGUCUGGCGUUAUUCUUCAGGGCCUUGUAAAUGUUGUGAUGCAAGAGUCAUCUGUGGCUGUUCGUGGGAAGAUGGCUCUUGAAGCUAGUAACUGUAUAGCUUCUUCCUUCGUGAUGUCGGAUGAAGCAUUAGAAGCAUGCUCAAAAUUGAUGGAAAUUGCCAAGUCUUGCUUGAGUACAGCGUUUGAUCAUGGCGAGAAAAGGGUUAUCUACGAAAUGGAUUUCUUCGCCGAUAAGAACGACGGGACUUCCAACGUUGAAAUGUUCGACGCUGCUGAAACUGAACAAGAGAAUCAUCAACAACAUAUAAACACUGGUUUGAAUCUGUUGACAACCAACACAAGUGUCAUUGACAAACCCAAAGUGGAUACUACUAAUAGAUCACCAAAUUCAGAAUUUGUACUACUGAUGAAGGCGGAGCUUGAUCGGGUAAACACGGAAAACGAGCGGUUACGAGAAACCCUAAAUCAAGCAAACGACAAAUAUCAUUCCUUGAAGAUGCAUAUCAUCUCACUCUUACAUCAUAAACAAAACCCUAAUGAUGAAGCUCCAAAUAAAUCAGAACAUCAUCACAAGAAAAAAAUAGGGGCAGAAAGCCCGGAAAAGAUGGUGGAGCCCGAAACUGAUCCUGAAAAGGAUGUUGAUCGACACAAAGCUGCAGAAGCAGUCAUGAAAAAAGCCCGUGUUUCUGUUCGGGCCCGGUCAGAAGCACAGAUGAUUUCGGAUGGAUGCCAGUGGCGAAAAUACGGGCAGAAAAUGGCGAAGGGAAACCCAUGCCCUAGAGCUUAUUACCGGUGUACGAUGGCCGCCGGCUGUCCGGUUCGUAAACAAGUGCAAAGGUGUGCGGAAGACCAGUCGGUACUUAUAACCACAUACGAAGGGCGGCACAGCCACCCGCUACCGCCGGCAGCUAUGGCUAUGGCGUCCACCACAGCCGCCGCCGCCACCACAUUGUUGUCGGGGUCAAUGACCAGUGCAGACGGAUUAUUAAUGCACAACUCAAUCAAUGUGCCGCCUUAUUAUUCACAGAAUUUGGCCACGAUAUCUGCCUCCGCGCCAUUUCCGACCAUCACAUUGGAUCUUACGAACAAUAACCCCGCCUCCGCCUCCACCGCCGCCCCUCAGCCCAUGUUUCAUGCCCCAUUUCAGAGUCAUCAAACACAAGAGAUUAUGAAUGCUGCAACAGCGGCGGCAAUUGCCGCAGACCCUAAUUUCAGCGCGGCACUGGCGGCGGCAAUAAGCUCCAUUAUAGGCAGCGCUCGCGCAAAUAGCGAUGGCAGUGAUGAUCGAAUAAGUUCGCCGGAGAGUAAUAUGAGGGAUAUUGGGAAAUAAGAGCUUUUUGUUUUGAUUUUGGCAUGGUUACCUAGUGAUCCAACAUACAUAAAAAUAUACAAGAGGUUUGAAUUAUAAUAAUAUUGACGUUUAAAUUUUGAUGAACGACUUAUUCAAUAAAUCAAAGCUAGAACCUACAUACAUGUGAUUAUGUUGAGGCAAGUUUAUUUUUUAAUUUUUUAU